UACACAUAGAAACUCGGUAUUUUGUAGUGGUAAAAAGCGAAGGCUGUGGACCUUGGUGAAAAAUAAAAAUGGACAGUGAAAAAGUGAAAACUUCGGCAUUUUUCAUCCAAGGGGUAUCAACUUUAACAAUUGCAUAUCUCACUAGCCUCACAGGCUUUGUUUAUGCCUGGCCAUCGUACACAAUGGAAAAUUUUAAAUCAAAUUCAACGGUCCUGAAUGCUCCUAUGUCGUUGACGGAAAUAUCUCUAUUAGGCAGUUUGACAAAUAUAGGAGGGUUGUUAGCUACGCCAUUUUGUGGAUAUGCAGUAGAUAAGUUUGGAAGAAAAUAUUCGGCUAUGCUUUUUGGAUUACCUUACGUUGUUGCCUGGGGUAUUUUAUCGGUAACCACAUCUGUAUACAUAGUAUUAUUUUGUAUCGGAUUGGCUGGUGUUGGAGCAGCUGGGCAAGGAAUAUCUUCAAUUUAUAUAUCAGAGAUAUCUCAGGACUCUAUCAGAGGUGCGCUGACAUCAACUACUGUAUCAGGAUUCUUUACGGGACUGUUAUUUUCAUAUGCCCUUGGAGGAUACUUGACAUAUCAACAAGUUUUAUACGUCCAUCUGUCAUUAUCAGUUCUAUACAUAAUACUCUUGAUGCUAUUAAAGGAGUCACCAGUGUAUUUGCUAAAGAUUGGAAAAGAAAAGGAAGCGGCACAAGCAAUCGCCUUUUAUCGUCGAGUAGAAGUUACCUCUAAAGAGGUAGAAGUGGAAAUAAAGAAGAUCUAUUUGCAAUUGGACCCCCGAAUUGAUAAAAUAUUAAAAAGUGGAAUUGAUUUGCAAGAAACAAAAGAACUGAUUGACGAAAAACAAGAUAAGUACGCAGCUCAAGAAACAAAAGCUGAGACACCAUGGCAGUUCUUGAGACGAUCAGAAUCAUCGAAACGAGCUUUAUUAGCCGUGUUAAUAGUGAAUGCGGUUGUAAUUCUAAUGGGUUCUAUAGUAUUACAAGUAUAUGCUGAAUCUCUAUUCAAAGAAGCACUGCCUACCAUGAAUCCUAAUACUUGCUCAAUCUGGCUAGCUGUGGUAUACUUGAUUGCGAGUGUAGUUUGCGCUACAAUGUUGGAUAAAUUUGGAAGAAAGAGCCUAAUGACAAUAACUUCUAUUAUAUCUGGAAUAUUCACCAUACUACUCGGCUCACAGCUCCACAAACGAUGGGCUCCACAUUGGUUCACAGCAUUCGCUAUUUAUGCGUAUAGCUUUGUAUAUAACCUUGGCGCUGCUGUAGUUCCAUUUGUGCUCACGGCUGAGGUCUUCUUGCCAGAGGUCAGAGGAAUCUGCAAUAGCCUUGCAAUGGCUUGCAUAUGGAUAACAAAUUUCGUUACGCUCAUAAUCUUCAAUCCCUUAGUGGAGGCCCUAGGGCUUGGGCCCACGUUCUAUAUUUUUGCUGCAGUCUGUUUCAUAGGAGCUGCUUACAGUCACUUCUGCCUCCCAGAGACCAAAGGGCUGUCCGCUGAUAAGAUACAGCCGUUGUUUAUGAAAAAAGCAAGACGAGCACUAUCAAAAGCAUAACAACACUACCAUUCACGAGCUGAUUGCCAGUUGAGGUUUUCUGCCUACGUCUCCUUAUUCGAUCGCGUGAUAGGUAACUACUAUUUGUAUGGAAUAGGAAGAGCACCAUCUAGUGAAAAUACUGCGAAACAGUUUUGUCACUAGAGGGCACACACGCAAACGAAUAGACGUAGGUAGAAAAUCUCCCACCCAGUUCUGUUUUUGUUUUGUAGAUUAAGAACGAAAAUUGGACAAUAAGUAGAAUUUCACUUUGUGUACGAGUAGAUUGUGACACAUAAAACGGGCUCUGAAGUGUAGUUGCGCGCUUAUUUAUAUAAUUAAUUAAGACUAUGGUAUAUCUAGGACAAAUUUGAUGUAUAAACUAUUGCCGUCGCGCUUUGCCUGUCUUCCACCGUAGAGUGCGAUAUGGACGAAUGUAGCUCAGACCGAUUUUACCUUUAAAAUUUGACGUGUCGAAUUCCUCUUUUUUCUCAUCCAAAACAGCCGAUCCAAUUUUUUUGUCUGCAAGUCAGAGGCCCCGAAUACGAACCUGCGACAAACUUACAAGAGGUAGAGGUCAGAAGCACUAGGCUAUAGCUGCUAAUUAUCGGCUGUAUUUUACUCACGAUUCGCGCGCGUCUAGAGAGGGCAUAUGAAUGUGCCUAUACUGAUAAAUUUCCUAGAUUAAAUAAGUGAUAGGAGUCAUUUGACUUUGCAUAUGAAGGGACUGUAUCUAAUUUCUUUUAGUAAAAACUAUGGCAG